AAUAGAUAUUUCACAACUUCUUUAAACACUAAUGGCAUGAUUAGAGAUUUUUUAUCAACAUCGUUUGAAUUGGUGCAGUAUAUUGCAGAGUACAAAGAUAUGAGCAUUGUUACAGAAAGCAAGAACAUUUCCACCACGCCAUCUUGCGAUGCAUGUACGUACUGCAUACGGUGCCAGCAUACAUACUUCGUUGAUACUACAUAAUUGUCAAGGGGAAAUAUUACUAUAAUAUUAGAAGUGAUAACAAGAUGACAAGCCGUCCGUGAGACUGCAUGGACACUGAUAGUGAGGAACCACAAAUCGAGUGAAGAACGAUGCCUGCACCAGCACAAACAAAAAGGUCAGCAGAUCCAGAUUCAAACUCAAAGUCUCAUCCAGAUGAUCCCACGCCAAGAAACUUUGCCUUGAAUGCUGACGAUUGUCAGUUCACAAACAGAACAUCUUCUGUGUUUGGUUCACUCGCAUCACUUGAGGACAAACAUGUUCAGCAUGUUAGGCACAGUGACUUCAAUGAGGAGCGUUCUCUAUGGAAGAGUGACCCAGACAUGGAGGAUAAAGUGUCUGAUUCACAGUCUAACAGACGCUCGUUAGAUCAACCCUUUGGUAGAUCUUCUCCGCCUUUCUCUGGGCAGGAAAAGGCAAGAGACAGGGGACGUGGGUUCAAACGUCCCCACCCAGCGUCCUGCGGACGUGGGGGCAGAGGGAGAAGUAAUGUGCCAGGAUUCCGUACCGAACCCGGUAAAUGGUGCAGAUACGAUCUAACUUCUGUAAGCUCGAACGAUAUGUCUGAUAAAACCAAUUCAAAGACGGCGCUUGAUUUUCUAAAUGAACUAAAGGAUCGGAAAGAAAGUGAAUCGAUGGACGUUGAGGAGUUUGACAUGUCUGAGAACUUGCAUCAUAUUGUGUUCAAACGUCCUGACAAAAAGGAUGCUCCUGCUGCAGCAGGGAGCUCAGCUUCUGGGGAUGCUGAUUCUACGUUUGGGUCCUCCCAGGUGGUGCCAGUGCCACCUAGUCAGGGCAAGAUACUAAUGCCAGAAUACGUCAUCGGUGAAAAGGUUAAGAAACCAAAACCCAAGCCAAGCUGGGCGAGUUCGAAAGCGGCAACGGCUUCAGCUGAAACAGUCCAGCUCGAUCACAUAAAAGAUGUGGAGGCUGAUACAAAAGAACUGCCAAAAGCUGACACCUUGGAGAUGGCAGAUGGCAUUGUGUUUAAGAGUGCCAAGGGAAAGGGGAAACAUCAUGUCCGGAAACGGCAUACGGAGGAGGAAGACAAUUAGCACAAUCUGAGGACACUUUUCAUCAUUAUAUGUCGGAGCCAAUUUGAUCAGGAACUUGCUUGUCCAUCUCCUUCUACUGAACAGUCCAGUAUUCGGUCACUUCUCAUCAAGAGAUGAAAGGUCUUGAAUAUUAGAGAACAGCACUUUCGAGGCGAAGACAAUGUCACAUCAUGCUUGGGAUCGGAUGUCCUCUUCACAUAAACCUCUGCUACAAACUCGCUCCAGUGCUGAAAUUUAAAAAAUUCAAACAAGGAACAAAAUCAGCACCUCUACUGUCAAGAUUGCAUCUGCUAAUGUAAAAAUCACUGAUACUUUAAGUCAUGUUGUCUCCCUUAUUUCAGUGUUAUUACAAAAGGUCUAAUGUAACCGUGAACCUGCUGUUACUACAAUUUCUACUGAAGAAUUCUUUUUAAUAAAGGUGAACUGG